AUGGAUCUUUCCAUGGAGAAGCCAAGAAAUUUCCCAUGUGAAAUUGGGUCUAUUCAUUUUCCGCACACAAAAAGACAAAAUAGUGGAAAAGAAAAUGAUGAAGCAGAAGGGCGGAUCCAUGUUAGGGCUCUAGCCCAGUGCGGAUUAGAAAAUAAGUUCGAGUGGAGUCGUUUUAUUAUGAGGACCGUCAUAUAUGGUCCUCAAGUGCAUACCUGUAUUAUUAGCCGUAGAAUUAAAUUGAAGACGCCUCUUCAUGCUCUCUUAUCGUGCGGGCGAAAGGACAGUCCAAGAAGGCUGAAGCAUAAAGAAGCUUGGCAGACUCAGGAAGCCAAGAGAACAGCCUGUUUUCCCAAAAAUUAUGGAAAGCUGGGUGCAAAGAGGAGACGGAUCAUAGGGGGGCACCCUCACCUUGUCACUCCUGUUCCUCCAGGACGUUCUCAUAGCCUUAAUUUCUUGAGGCGUCAUGGAAAGAUUCUGGAACGACCUGAACAAGCCCGAAUUGCCUACUCACGAACUGGGGUUUAUAGGUCUCCACCCCAUAGGCGCACUUCUUAUCAGUGUAAUCCCCGCCGAAGAAAAGAUCUCAACUGGACUGACAGGAGACGCUCAUCUCGGCAUAGAGCUUAG